GCUUCAUCCUGACUGGUUUGCUUUUCCUGUCCUGGAUGCAAUGGCACCUGGACCUGGCGGCAGCAACUGCUUUCGGCCUCCGCCGGCUUCACCACUUCUAGAAUCGGCCUCCUGGGAGGCGCCUCUGCCUCAGAAGCCGGAGCCUUAGCUCCGAAGGCCCCUCGUCUAAAGCCCUGGGCCCAGCAGCGAACGGGCAGCGGCGCUCCUUCCCCCACAGGGAUGAGAUGGAAGCCAGGAGGCACGCCUGAGGCCGAGAAGCCACCAGGGAUGGCAGAAUUUUCUGAAGGACUGAAGGUGGCCAAGGUCAAGGUCAAGGCCCCGAUGGAAGCCACAGGCAAGGUGGAUGGAAAACAGACCAAGAGAAAAAAAUAAGCGACUUAAUGACCUAACUUUACCCAGAGAGUGGACAAUAAAAUGCAAGAUUCUAAACCCCGCCCUUCCAUUUCAUCUUCAUCUUUGAAAAAUUCAGGAAAAGGUGAGCUAUUUUGCCUUCCUACCAUGGACGAGGAUCCCGAAGGAGAGACUUGGCAGACCUUCUCCAUUCCCUGGGGCUUCGGCAAGGCGGUAGAGGAUGAAGGAGGACACGUAUGCCACCACAGGACGAAGUCUUCAGGCUGGCCGCCUCCCUCAGGAACCUGGGGCUUGAACCAGGUGCCACCCUAUGGAUGGGAGAUGAUGGCGAACCGGGAUGGACGGGACUGCUUCAUCAGCCCCAUGACACAGGCGAUCCCAUUUGACGACCCUCGGUUAGAGAGCUGCCAAAUCAUCCCUCCUGCCCCGCGGAAGGUGGAGAUGCGGCGGGACCCUGUCCUGGGAUUCGGCUUCGUGGCAGGGAGUGAAAAGCCAGUGGUCGUUCGCUCUGUCACACCAGGUGGCCCCUCGGAAGGCAAGCUGAUCCCAGGAGAUCAGAUCGUAAUGAUCAAUGAUGAGCCCGUCAGCGCUGCACCGAGGGAACGGGUCAUCGACCUGGUCAGAAGCUGCAAGGAAUCGAUACUCCUGACUGUCAUUCAGCCUUACCCUUCUCCCAAAUCAGCAUUUAUUAGUGCUGCAAAAAAGGCCAGAUUAAAGUCCAACCCCGUCAAAGUGCGCUUCUCCGAGGAGGUCAUCAUCAACGGCCAGGUGUCGGAAACAGUUAAGGAUAAUUCACUUCUUUUUAUGCCAAAUGUUUUGAAAGUCUAUCUGGAAAAUGGGCAGACCAAAUCAUUUCGCUUUGACUCCAGCACCUCCAUAAAGGAUGUCAUCUUAACCCUUCAAGAGAAGCUUUCCAUCAAAGGCAUUGAACACUUCUCUCUCAUGCUGGAGCAGAGGACAGAAGGGGCCGGAACCAAGCUGCUCUUGCUCCACGAACAGGAGACCCUAACUCAGGUGACGCAGAGGCCCAGCUCCCAUAAGAUGAGGUGUCUUUUCCGAAUUAGCUUCGUCCCAAAGGAUCCAAUUGACCUGUUAAGGAGAGAUCCAGUUGCUUUCGAGUAUCUCUAUGUUCAGAGCUGUAACGAUGUCGUCCAGGAGCGAUUUGGGCCGGAGCUGAAAUAUGACAUAGCCCUACGGCUGGCCGCCUUGCAAAUGUACAUCGCAACCGUUACCACCAAGCAAACGCAGAAAAUCUCCCUGAAAUACAUCGAAAAAGAAUGGGGAUUAGAGACUUUUCUUCCUUCUGCUGUGCUGCAAAGCAUGAAAGAGAAGAACAUAAAGAAAGCACUUUCACACCUUGUCAAAGCAAAUCAAAACUUGGUACCACCCGGUAAAAAGCUCUCUGCACUGCAAGCCAAGGUUCAUUAUCUCAAGUUCCUCAGUGACCUUCGGUUGUAUGGGGGUCGUGUGUUCAAGGCAACAUUAGUGCAGGCAGAAAAGCGCUCGGAAGUGACUCUCCUGGUCGGUCCCCGAUAUGGCAUAAGCCAUGUCAUAAACACCAAAACCAAUCUGGUGGCUCUUUUAGCUGACUUCAGCCAUGUCAACAGGAUCGAGAUGUUUACUGAGGAGGAAAGCUUGGUGCGGGUGGAGCUCCAUGUGCUGGAUGUAAAGCCCAUCACGCUCCUGAUGGAGUCAUCGGACGCCAUGAACCUGGCCUGCUUGACAGCUGGGUACUACAGGCUACUCGUGGAUUCCAGGAGGUCGAUAUUUAACAUGGCCAACAAGAAAAAUGCAAGGCCCCAGGAAACAGGAACAGAAAAUAAAGGAAAACAUAACCUCCUUGGCCCAGACUGGAACUGUAUACCCCAAAUGACCACCUUUAUUGGCGAAGGAGAACAAGAAGCCCAGAUAACAUAUAUAGAUUCAAAACAGAAGACGGUCGAGAUGACAGAUGGCACCUUGUGUCCAAAAGACCACCGGCACUUGUACAUAGACAGCCCCUAUAAUUCAGACGAUCUCAGCCAGCAGCCAACUCAGCCGGGAGAUGUGCCAUGUGAGGCAGACUACAGAAGUCUUGCUCAGCGGUCCCUGUUGGCCCUCUCAGGACCAGAAACUCUAAAGAAAGCACAAGAGUCUCCGAGGGGAGCGAAAGUGUCCUUUAUUUUUGGAGAUCUCGCCAUGGAUGAUGGUAUUAAUCCCCCAACUUUCGGCUAUGAGAGACUAUUGGACGAGAAUCCAGAAGCGCUGGACAAGCAGAGGGAUCUCUACAUUAGCAGUGCCAAUGACGUGAAGAGCCUGGAUCUCGCUCCAGACGCAGAGAGCAUCCAAUAUGUGGCAAAUUCUGUUUAUGCAAACAUAGGCGACGUGAAGCACUUCGAGGCCACCCAGGGAAUAGAGGAGCCCCUCCUGCACGACAUCUGCUAUGCAGAAAACACUGAUGAUGCAGAGGAUGAAGAUGAGGUGAGCUGUGAAGAAGACCUCGUAGUGGGAGAGGUGAACCAGCCAGCCAUCCUCACCCUGUCCGGGUCAAGUGAUGACAUCAUUGACCUCACGUCUCUGCCCCCUCCGGAAGGGGAUGACAACGAGGAUGACUUCCUGCUGCGUUCCUUGAACAUGGCUAUCGCUGCCCCCCCACCUGGCUUUAGAGAUAGUUCAGAUGAGGAGGACACUCAGAGCCAGGCAGCUUCCUUCCUCGAGGACAAGGGCCCAGGCGGCAGCUUGCAAAAUGACGAGAUCCCUGUGUCUCUCAUUGACGCUGUGCCCACCAGCGCUGAGGGAAAGUGCGACAAGGGACUGGAUACCGCCGUCGUUUCCCCGCUGGAAGCUCUGUCCGUGUCAGAAGAACAGCAGACCAGUGACAAUUCAGGUGUAGCCAUCUUGCGGGCUUAUAGUCCCGAGUCUUCAUCAGACUCGGGCAAUGAAACAAACUCUUCUGAAAUGACUGAGAGCUCUGAACUGGCCACAGCACAGAAGCAGUCAGAAAACCUCUCCCGCAUGUUCUUGGCCACUCACGAAGGCUACCACCCCCUUGCAGAAGAGCAGACAGAGUUCCCCACCUCCAAACCCCCUGCUGGGGGCUUGCCUCCACAGUCCUCCCGCACCCCAGCUGCCCGUCCAGUGACUGACCUUCCGCCCAAAAUUGUGCCUUCCAAGCAGAUACUUCACUCAGACCACAUGGAAAUGGAGCCCGAAACCAUGGAGACCAAGUCUCUCACUGACUAUUUUAGCAAACUGCACAUGGGGUCGGUGGCGUAUUCCUGCACCAGCAAAAGGAAAAGCAAGCUGGCCAACGGGGAGGGGAAAGCACCCCCUAAUGGGAACAUACCAGGGAAAAAACAGCAAGGGACCAAAACAGCCGAGGCAGAGGAAGAUGCCAAAGGUAAAUUUGGUACCGUGUCUUCAAGGGACGGUCAACACCUAAGCACUUUUAACCUGGAGAGAACUGCCUUUCGCAAGGACAGCCAAAGAUGGUAUGUGGCCACUGAGGGCGGGGUGGCUGAAAAAAGUGGAAUGGAAGCAGCAACGGGGAUAAUCUUUCCAAGAGCUUCUGGUCUGGGGACAAGGGAGGCCGAAGGGAAGGAUGAAGGGGCUCCCGAUGGAGAAGCCAGUGAGGUUUCUGGACUUGGCCAACGGGACCACUUCUUAACUGACGUGACCUGUGUCUCUUCAGCCAAAGACUUAGAUAACCCAGAGGAUGCUGACCCGUCUACGUGUGACCAUCCUUCCAAGCUUCCUGGGGCGGAAGAGAGUGUGGCCCGUCUUUGUGACUACCACUUGGCCAAGCGGAUGUCAUCGUUACAAAGCGAGGGCCAUUUUUCUCUACAGAGCUCUCAAGGCUCUUCAGUGGAUGCAGGCUGUGGCACAGGCAGCAGCUGCAGCACCUGUGCCACACCUGUGGAGUCCCCACUCUGCCCCUCCAUGGGGAAGCACUUGAUUCCUGAGACUUCAGGGAAAGGCAUGAAUUAUGUUCCUUCAGAAGAGAGAGCCGCUGGGCUUCCUAACCAUGGAGCAACCUUUAAGGAGUUGCACGCACAGACAGAAGGGGUGUGUCCACGGAUGACAGUGCCUGCUCUGCACACAGCCAUUAAUGCCGAACCUCUGUUUGGCACUUUGAGAGAUGGAUGUCAUCGGCUCCCCAAGAUUAAGGAAACCACAGCUUUGACAGAGCCUGGGAAGGAGAGACGAGGAGGCAUGCUUUCAGCUUGGUCUCAACAUCCUGAAGCUGAUCCCAUCCUGCUACCAUCAAAUAUUCACUCGGAAUCAAAGGUGCCAAUUCCAAAUCAAGACCCUAAUGAUUUCUCCCAAGCAAACCAGGCCUAUGGAGAGGCUGUGAGCUGGCGGCCACUGGAUCUGAGACGGGGGAGCCUCGGGACACCCCCCAGCCAGAGGGCUCUGAGACGUAGCAGCAGUAUCCUCUCAGGAUCUGUAGGUUUGGAGCCCUUCCAAGAGAGAACCAAGGGUACAGUCGGCUUAAAGUGUCCAGGUAUCACUGAAUCGCAGGAGGCCAGUUCAGAAAGGCGAGCAGAACUCCCCCUGGGGAAGAAGCUCACCAAAAGUUUUUCCCAAAGCUCAAUGCACUUUAGUUCUGAGGGAAAGGUUCACAAAAGGUCCCCGGUGGCUCACAAAGACUCAAAGCUGUAUAGGACAUUACCCUUGAGGAAGCUGGAGGGCAGCAAUUGGAGAUGCCGGGGACCUUUCAGCUACUGCUUCCUGAACCGAGGGCAAGAUGAAGAAGGUGAUGAGGACGAAGAGGAGGGAGAAGCCACCCGCCGGGUCUCUUGCCUCUUUCAACCACAGAUGACUCAAGCCAUGCCAGAACCAACCAGCCCAUCCCUGGCUGUUGGGAUUCAGAAGCAAGGAGUGGAGCUGUCCAGAGUCUCAGUGCUGAAAGUCUGGGCAGAAGACCUGAGCGGCCCAGAUGAUAUGGACUUCAGCAACCUGCCUUUUGAUGCCCGGAUUACAAGAAUAAAUGCCCUAAAGGAGAGCACAUAUACAAUGCCCGAUGGGUUCCUCGCAGCCCAAAAUGAUGCCAAUGAGCUGCUCUGCCUCGUCAGGGUAACCAAGGGGAAGAGAGAGGAGUCACGCCCUGAAGCGUACGAAUUUACACUUUCUCAGUACAAGCAACUGUUAUCCAUCGAGUCCAGACAGUUGGGAAGUGCCUGUAGGAAAAUGGCGAUGGCCGAGAAAAGCCCAGAGGAGAUGCUCCUAGCUAUGACUUCCAGCUUUCAAGUGCUCUGUUGCCUAACAGAAGCUUGCAUGCAGUUAGUUAAAGUCGUAAACUCAGAAACACAGCGGCAGGAAAUUGUAGCGAAGAUCAAUGAAGUGGUCAUAAACUACAUUUGUCUCCUGAAAGCUGCCGAGGCAGCCACCGGAAAGACCACUGGGGAUCCCAAUCUUGGACUCUCGAUGCGACAUUCAACCACCAUGGCCGCUCUCGUAAGCACACUGACACGUUCUCUCAAGAUGCUUUUAAAUAAAUAAAGUAUGAAAGUCACAUCAUAAUCUACCUUGCAAAGCCAUACAUGAACUUUUAUUUACUUUAUGUGUACGAUGAACAGAUGUCUCCUUUCUUCCCUCUGUAAAUUUGGUUAUUUUGUAUAAAAUAGGAGAUAAAAGUCACAUUGAUGAAAUGUUGAAAUGUACUAAUCAGAUGUAUUCUGUUUAUAUUAUACAUAUAUAUACAUGUAAAAGAAAUAUACAAGAAAGUGAUGACAUUUGGCUAUUUUUCAUAUAGUCAAAACUCCGGGUAUAUGAUGUGAAAUUUUAAAUUCUAUCGUGUUAGAGCAAAACAAUGAAUCCUAUCCCCUUUCCUUCCAAGUGGAUACUUGGAGACCAUAUCAUCAUAUUUAGAAGUUUAAAACAAAAUCACAAUGUAUAUAAAACAGUACUUAUGUUUUAAAAUUAUAAUUUUUAAGCAUUGGAAAUAGCAAGAAGACGUUUAAAAUUCAAGAAGCUAUUAUGAAUUAUUAGAGAAUAUAUAUAAUAAAUUAAUUUUUUGCUCAUAGUGUUUGGUUAUCUGAUGCUUUCUUCCAAGAAUGCUACAAAUUUCAUUUUGGCUUACGCCAUUUGGGUUAGAAAUGGGUGGGGAUGGAUUCUAUUGUGUCAACACAAAUGCUCUUCAUGAUGUUCCUGGAAUUAAAAUACUUCCCAAAUAAAAGAAUAGAGGGAACG